GUCGUGUGCCCCGCCGGCCUACUUCAAUGCCUCGCCCCUUUACUUCUUCCUCGCUCGAUCGACCUUCAUCACAUCCACAUCGACGCCACCAUGCCAUCCGCAGACAUCCCUCCCAAAAUGCGCGGCCUCCUCUUGGAGCGCUUCGUCGAGGGCAAAGGCGAAGACGACCCCUACACGCUGCGCUCCGACAUCCCCUUCGACGCAUCCUCCCUCAAGCCAACGGACGUGGUCAUCCGAGCCGCCGUGGCGGGCGUAUGCCACACAGACAUCAUGACCGUCCGCGGAGAGAUGAAGCGCUUCCUCAAAGAGGGACUCCCCAUCGUCCCCUCACACGAGCCGACGGGCGUCAUCGUUGCGCUGGGUAGUGAAGCCGCCUCGGAGAAGAGCGCUCCAGCUACGGGGGGUAAGCGACCGCUCAAGGAGGGUGACCGUGUAGGCUCACUAGCGCACAAGGAGCCUUGCGGCCAAUGCGAGGAGUGCAAAGCCAAUCGCCCAAAGUUCUGCGGAAACGUCUCCUUCUUGGGCAUCAGCGACAAGCACGGCGGACUCGCGGAGUACCUCAUUGCGGACUAUCGCUUUGUGGCCCAGCUGCCCGACGAGGUGUCGUUUGAGACUGGUGCGCCACUGAUGUGUGCAGGCUUGACAAUCUACACGGCCAUCAAGGCGCUCCAACUCGAGAAGGGUAAGCACGUCUGUAUCGUCGGCGCUGGAGCUCUGGGUCAUAUUGGCUCGCAGAUUGCCAAAUCCAAGAGGCUGAGAGUGAGCGUCCUCGACGCCCGCGACGCACCGCUCGAGCUUUGCAAUUCGCUUCGCCUCAAGCCGGACGCAACGUACAAUUGCGGCAAGGUAGAUGCCGAUGAUGAGCAGGCGGUGGCCGCUGUGGUGAAGGCGAUUGGAGGCGAGCCGGAUGCGACGAUUGUUACUACGGACGCCAUUCCAGCUUUCAAGCUUGCGAUCAACAUCACGAGGAAGCAUGGCCAGAUGCAGGUGGUAGGCCAGCCCGCGGACCCAAUUCCAAUCCCCUUUUACCCUCUCAUCUUCCGUGACCUCCGCGUGACCGGCUCCUUGCUAGGCAACCAGCAAGACCUAAAAGAGUUGGUCGAUCUCGUCGGCCGCGAGGGAAUCGAGGUGAAGACGAAGACGUUCAAGCUGGACGAGCUGCCCAAGCUGCUCGGGGAGCUGCAUAGUCCGACAUUUGCGGGGAAGGCAGUCGUGCGGGUGGGGGAGGAUCAAUAGGCAGGCGCGUGGACGUGAAGGGGCAAGCGUCACAGUGACAUCUUUUCGAAUUCAAUGCACUCGAAUUCGAUUCGCCUGCCAAGCGUGCUUGCUUUGUGAUCUGCAGCGCUGUGGGGCCGUCGUCGCUACCACGCGGGUGGCGGUUCGCCCGACGUCCAAUCUAUCGCUCCACCUGCUUUCGUCUCGGCCUCCGACAGCUCUAUUUCACGCCACUGAUUGAAGUCGCCGUGCAGCCCGAUGCGAGGGAGAAGUGACGCAGGGCCCCACGACCAAGGAGAAUAGAGCUCGGUCAGCGCGAAGGGCUCAGAAGGCGAAGGGCCUCACCUGUUGAUGGUAGUGGGGCUAUUGUGUUAAUGUUCGAAGGCAGGACCGAUCCCCCUCGC